AAGGCUAGGAACUGGUGUAGCCCCCGAGGUUGUUGCAGCUGGGUUAAGAUGCAUUGUUAGCAACCAAGAUAGUUGGUACUUGGACCACAUAGACACAAGUUGGGAGCAGUUCUAUACAAAUGAGCCGCUUAAAAAUAUCACAGAUCCUCAGCAUCAAAAACUAGUCAUUGGUGGGGAGGUAUGCAUGUGGGGUGAAAAUAUCGAUGGGUCAAAUAUUGAGCAAACUAUUUGGCCUCGUGCUGCAGCCGCUGCAGAGCGCCUUUGGACACCAUAUGACAAUCUGGCUAAAGACCCCAAUCAAGUUUUUGCAAGGUUGACACAUUUCAGGUGUUUGCUGAAUCAAAGAGGGAUUAAUGCCGCUCCUGUAUCAGGACUCGGCAGAUCUGCUCCUUGGGGUCCAGGUUCUUGUUAUGUGCAAUGAUUAUCCAGAUCAAUCUCCCUUUCAUACUCUACUUCUCCUCUCAUUUGAUCAAGAUACUUUCUAGCCAUAAAUUCAGGAUUAGCUUAAUGGUUGUUGGUAUAGGAGAUUGUGAUGUGCAUUUAGUAUGGAAAGUAGUCUUGUAGGCUCUGAAUAUCAUCUCUGUUUCAUUCUUUUGAAUAAAUUUGUUGAACAGUUUGCCAGAAUAUUGUAUUUAUGUUCAUGAUUUGUAGGACUUGUCCUACUUGAAUGUAUCUUGACCAUUGGAAUCU